AUGAAGGGUGCAUUCUCAAUCUGCUGUUUCGUCUCCCUGCUGCUUUUGCAGGCCACAGCAGAAGAAGAUUUCACCUCUGUCCUCAGAGACAGAUCGCACAUUGACGAGACACUGAGACUUGCAGCUGAGGAAAAAUCCGGAGACUAUGCAGCGGCUCUUGAGAGGUUGCGGAAGAUCUACCACACAUCCAUCAAGCCGAUGGAGCAGGCCUACAAGUACAAUGAGUUGAGGCAGCAUGAGAUCUCAGCCUACCCUGGACGAUCCUUUGGGGAUGCAGCCACAGAUGGAGAAAUUACUUCCAAGCCCAUGGUGCUGUUCCUGGGACCCUGGAGUGUAGGCAAGUCCUCCAUGAUCAAUUACCUCCUGGGCUUGACCGACAGCCCCUACCAGCUCUACACAGGAGCUGAGCCUACUACCUCUGAGUUCACUGUAAUUAUGCAUGGGGAGAAGAUCCGCUCUGUUGAGGGCAUUGUUAUGGCUGCAGACAGCUCUCGCUCCUUUUCUCCACUGGAGAAGUUUGGCCAAAACUUCCUGGAAAAGCUGAUUGGUAUUGAAAUGCCUCACAAGUUGCUGGAACGUGUGACCUUUGUAGACACACCUGGAAUCAUUGAAAACCGGAAGCAGCAGGAGAGAGGCUACCCUUUCAAUGAUGUUUGCCAGUGGUUCAUUGACCGUGCUGACCUGAUCUUCGUGGUCUUUGACCCCACAAAGCUGGAUGUUGGCCUGGAGCUGGAGAUGCUCUUCCGGCAGUUGAAGGGUCGUGAGUCCCAGAUCCGUAUCAUUUUGAACAAGGCUGACAACUUGGCCACCCAGGACUUGAUGAGAGUCUACGGAGCACUCUUUUGGAGCUUAGCUCCCCUCAUCAAUGUGACUGAACCCCCCCGCGUCUACGUCAGCUCUUUCUGGCCAUAUGACUAUGCACCCGAAACCAGCCGCGAGCUCUUCAAGCGAGAGGAGAUCUCCCUGCUCGAAGAUCUCAACCAAGUGAUUGAAAACCGUAUGGAGAACAAGAUUGCCUUCAUCCGCCAGCAUGGCAUCCGCGUGCGCAUCCACGGCCUGCUGGUGGACCGCUAUGUCCAGACCUUUAAAGAGAAGAUGAGCUUCUUCAGUGAUCCUGAACUUGUCUUCAAGGAGAUUGUGGAUGACCCUGACAAGUUCUACAUUUUCAAAUCCAUCCUAGCCAAGACCAAUGUCAGCAAGUUUGACCUGCCCAACCGUGACGCUUACCGUGACUUCUUUGGCAUCAACCCGAUCACCAACUUCAAGGCCCUGACGGCUCAGUGCUCCUACAUGGGAGGCUGUCUGCUGGAUAAGAUCGAGAGGGCAAUCACCAAUGAGCUGCCCGCCCUUCUGAGUAGCAUUAACUCUGGCAAGCAGCCUGGCCUGUCCUCCUGCGAGGCUACUGGCUGUGGUGAGAAGCCAAAGAAUCGCUACCGAAAGAACUGAGUAACACCAAAUAAUGAGUGGAGGAAGUAAGGAGAUAGAGGAGGUGAAGAAAGGGGCUCUGAUGGAAGCCAAACCUGCUUUUGUCAGAACACCUGUAUUGUAUUGAGGAAAGGAGAUUAGUGUUUGUUUUUUUCCUCAGGAGAAUAUGGCAAGGUGCAUUUAGGGAAAUGUGGGGAUGAGGCAGAGAGUGGGAAGGAAGGGUCAUUGUUUGAAAAGGCAGCUUAAGGAUACAAGUGCUGAAGAAAUGAGAACAUGCCACUGAUCACUGAGCUUUGUUAAAAUACACACCUUCCUCUCUCGCUUGUACAAUCACAGUGGACUGUCUGGGAUUUUGGGGAUUGGGGAAGUAACCAUGUAAAGAAAAACAGAAAUGGAAAAAAGUUCGAGCAAAUAAAAAUUGAAAAUUCUGAGACUGAAAAUAGUCAAAUACCAGCUCCCUUGUAUGUGAAUAAAACAGGAAUAUGGAAACAGGUGUUGCAAAUUUGUGCUGUAAAAUCUUGAGAAUUGCAUUGCAAAGAUCAAUUCCAUAUGCUUCAGAAGUUGUUUUUGAAGUAGCCUAUUUGUGGGUGCUGUUUGGGUAGUAAUCUAAACCUUUAUUGCUGGCAUAGAUUAAUCUUAAACCUGCAUGUUAGAGGUCACAUCUUAUUUAACAGGGAGAUGUUAGUUUUGGUGCAUGUAUUUGUCUUCUAACAAACUCAUGUAAUAUUUCCUCAUGUUACUGAAACCUGAACCAACCCUGCCAUGCAACAAAAGAGGCCUUUUUUCUUAGUUUUAUACGCUCACCGGUCUUGGUUGUUGACAACCUGUGAAAUGAGCACUGUGAUGGAAGCAGAGGUCAGGGUUCAAGGGUCAGAGUCUUCAGAGUGGGGAUGGUACGUUCAUUCUGCUUCACUUCUUAAACUGUUCUUACUGUUUUUGUGUGAGUCUAUAAAUUUGCCAGUCUCUGGCAGAAAUUCAAUACUGUGUUAUGAAUGAUUUUUUUCCUUUAUCAAUAAGCUUCCCAACUGUCUAAGUUGAAUGACCAUAAAAAAUAAGACCUGAAAGAUGUGUUUGAAUUAUAGCUGUCUUUAUCCAUUUGUUCUGCCAUUACUUCUGCAGGUUAGAAAUCUAUUUAUUGAUUUUGUUUCUGUGUAAAAUGUCCAAAUGGGCAUUGAAGUAGGCUGUGUAUGUGUACUGAACAAUCCUGCUGAUUGUAAAUGUCAUUGAUCACAAUAUUUAUCUGGAGUGUUUCUGAUGGUCGGCUUGCUUAAAUAGGGCAGGAGGUGAUAGAGAGGGAAAGGUGAAGUGGAGGACUCGUGAGUUGACCCCUGACCUCUGUGGAAAGAAGGAAGCCCCAAACACUGACCCUUACACACCACAACUGGCUUGGAGUGACACCUGUCAACAGGUUCUUAUGUAAGCCUACCUCAAUGAACUUUUUUAAGUGUAUGGCAUCUUGAAACUGCUUAAAGCAAUAGUUCAACAUUUUAGAAAUACGCCUAUUUAACACCCUGGCCCAGCCAUUAAACAGUAACUUUCAAUCAGUUGGUCAAGUGACCAGAAAGUUCCUGCAUCUGACCCAGAAAUAGUCUGGCACAUAAGCCUUGGUUACAGUGUCUUUCACUGUGUUUUUUUAUAUGGAUUAAACAAACAAGAUAUAACAAAGAGCUUCAGAGGUGCAGGUAAGUGAUUUUUUUUUCAUCUUUGGAUGGACAGGCCUGUUUCCUUCUGUUUCCAGUCUUUAUGCUAAGAUAAGCUAACCGGCUUCUAGCUCCAGCUAAAUAUACCAUACACAUAAUACAGUGGUAUCAAAUGUCAAACUAUUGCUUUAAAUAUAAAGUCCUCAAAGCACAAGUAGGUAGUAAAGAGCACAGCUCCAAAAGGUUAACUCUUGGAUAAAUGUACUUCCAGUUCCCUCUGCCUCCUCCCCCACUAACCCCACAGAGAAAAGUCUUUUCCCAACUAAACUCUGAGACAUAAUGCAUAUGAAUCUAACAAACAAACUCCAAAUAAACUGAAUUUUCUCUUCAA